GCCAACGCUGCUCCGCAGCGGCUAUUAAUUAGUGUUAGUCAGGAGUGUCUGGAAUAAGUUGUCGCCUUGAGCUGGAUGUGAUCCUGGCCUUCGCAGAGAUUGAGAGCGACCGAUUUUUCUCAAUCUACAGCCUCCGACGACUGUCUGCCACCUCCACGCUCUUGCCCCAGCGGAUUACGCUCAUGCUGCGCCCUGCAUCUCCCCAGCGACGUCCGUCAAGAUGCCAACCACCACGUCCGCGCCUGACAAAUCGAGACAGACUUCCGCUGGGAAAUCAUUCUUCGGGAGGAAGCUGCACAAGGAGAAACCGGUAGACGAUCGCCACGAUGCCCAUACAGGCUUCGAGACCCUCGCGCCUCCUGGAAGCGCCCCGGGUUCUCGUUCCUCUCGCCAUUCCAAGCGAUCCUCCGUCCAGUCUAUGGAUUUUUCCAACGACAUCGAUCCUGCAACGCUGUCAAUGACGGCCGGUGUGAUUACCUCUAUCCCCUAUGAAAGUCUCCCCGCCGACACCAAGUCGCCGAUUCCUAUCGACUAUCUCUCUAAAGCCGAAACCUCGCCACGCAAAGAACCAUCCCCGAAUCAUCUUGCCAAGGGAGGCAGUGAUUUCCAUCAGUAUCCCGCUUGGAACCCGGCCACUAUCCGGGACAAUAAUGUUUAUUCUCACCCCACCGGCCCUCGUCCGCCGCCACAUGCGUCUAAUGUAACAAUGGCGGGAAGCUCUUCGGGGGACAAAGGUGCUCGGUAUCAACAAUGGGGACGACCGGGUAGUUCGGCUGCCAACACGGGGUUCAGUCACAACUCUUCAUCUACGGUAGAUUCCUCGUCGCAUUCCCGAAUAUCGUUCGACCAAGCUAGUGUCCACUCGUCACUUUCCUCCAACACCCGGGACACUAGAGGUUCGAGCUAUUUCUCGUCGGACGGAUCUUCUCGAACGCUGACAACCUCGCACUCUGCCGACCGCAAUACCUACUCGUCUAAUGGAACAUCCAGCCGACUUUCUAAUGCGCAGGCUGCAUGGCAGUCGGCCCAGCCUGCGCAACCCGCGAAGUUACCAGCCAACCCCGAGCAAUACCUGACCCGUCCAAGGGACGAUCGGAUUGUGGACCAGCUGUUCCUGGAACUGAUGCAGAAGCGAGGUUGGCAGAACUUGCCUGAGCAGGCCAAACGGCAGAUGCUUGCGUAUCCAGCCUCGAAAAAGUGGACGCUGGUUCAUCAAGAUCGGUUGACGGAAAUUCAAGGUGAACAGAAGCGCAGGCAGAAUGCCCGGCAGACCCAUGGUCACGAUGGGCCGUCGGGGAUUCUGGAGCGGGCCGAUGAAGAGGGAAGCCCGGAGUGGUACGUGAAGAAGGUUAUGGAUGACUCAAUCACGUCGAAACAAUUAGCUAGUUUGAGCGUCAGUCUGCGCACACAACCAAUCAGUUGGGUGAAAGCCUUUGUCGAAGCACAAGGCCAAAUCGCCCUGACCAACGUUCUUGCUAAGAUCAACCGGAGGAAAGCCUCAGGUCCUGUUCCUGCACCCCCGACUGGUGACAAGGACUUGGAUCGUGAAUACGAUAUUGUCAAGUGCCUGAAGGCUUUGAUGAACAACAAAUAUGGCGCAGAUGAUGCCCUCGCUCAUCAGCAAGUUAUUGUUGCUCUCGUCAGCUCGCUGCUGUCUCCCCGAUUAAAUACAAGGAAGCUGGUCAGUGAAGUCUUGACCUUCCUUUGCCAUUGGGCGGAAGGCCAGGGCCAUCAAAAGGUCCUCCAGGCUAUGGACCAUGUGAAGAAUCAUCAUGGAGAGACUGGUCGCUUUGAUGCCUGGAUGCGUAUCGUCGAAGUGACGAUCGAUGGCCGUGGAAAGAUGGGUAGUUUGGUGGGCGCGAGUGAGGAGUACCGCAGUGGUGGUAUAGGCAUGGAGAACCUUCUCAUGGAGUAUGCCGUCUCAACUAUGCUCCUCAUCAACAUGUUGGUGGACGCCCCGGAGAACGAUCUACAGCUGCGCUGUCAUAUUCGUGCGCAGUUCACCUCUUGCGGCAUCAAGCGUCUCAUGACUAAAAUGGAAGGUUUCCAAUAUGAGGUCAUUGACAAGCAGAUUGAGCGCUUCCGCGAGAAUGAGGCCAUCGACUACGAGGAUCUUCUGCAGCGUGAGAGUAGCAGCGUGAAGGAUAGCAUUGAGGGAGAGGUCAAAGACAUGAACGAUCCUUUACAAAUCACAGAUGCUAUUGCUUCAAGGAUUACAGGUACUCGAGCUCACGACUAUUUCCUCUCUGCUAUGCAGCACAUGCUUCUUAUCCGGGAGAACUCUGGCGAAGAUGGUCUCCGGAUGUACCAGCUCGUCGAUGCCAUGCUUAGCUACGUGGCCAUGGAUCGCAGGCUACCCGAUCUGGACCUCCGCCAAGGUUUAACAUUUACCGUGCAGAGCCUCUUGGACAAAUUACAUACAGAUUCAGAGGCACGACAGGCGUACGAUGAAUCUUUGGAAGCGCGCCAGAUUGCGGAGGCUGCCUUGGCAGAGCGGGAUGAGAUGAAGGCACAAAUUGAGCUGGGUGCAGACGGCCUAGUAAAGAAGUUGCAGAAGCAAAUUGAAGAGCAGACUGGCAUCAUCGAACUUCAACGGAGACGGGAGGAGUCAAUACGGGCUGAGCUCGCCGAUGUUCAACGCUUGCGUGCUCAGGAGUUGCAACGGAACGAACUGGAAACCAGAGAGCUCUACCUGAUGCUUCGGGAUGCCCAGGACAUCGCUGCUUCAAAUGCCAAGAAGAACAACCUCGCAGAAGUCGAUCCGUCCCAUAUGAGGGGCAUCAUGGACCGUGAAAAGCUCCUCGAGCGGUUGGAGAUGCAACUCGAACGCACCAAGACCCAAUUCAAGUUGGAGGGCAAGGUAUGGGGUCAACAUGUAACUUCAGACCGGCUGCGCGAACUUCGUGAGCAAAUGGACGGCGAUGUUGAGCCGCAAGAUGGGUUCCAGGACCAGGCUCAUCACGUUGCGGGCUUGGGAUCUGUUCAGCGCAAGCGCAGCCAUCUGGCCGGCAUGGAGAAGGAUACUGUCGAGGGUCAGCAGCAGGAGGGUCAGGUGGAUGAGAACGGAGAGAUCAUCUAUGAAAGGGCGCGUCUGGUCGACCUUCAUCGGCCACGACUUAACCCUAAGCAGGCGAACGGCCUCCUGGGAGAAAUUGCCUCGAGGGUACCUAAGAUCGACGCAGACGAUAACGAAGCUACACCUGUUGUUCCCGAAGCCACGGCGCCUGUCACCGACGAACCCAAGGUUGAGAGUGAAAUUGAGAAGCCCGAGGCCAAGGGGGCGCCCGCUCCACCCCCGCCGCCGCCACCACCACCACCACCUCCUCCGGGAGCUGUGGGAAUUCCUCCUCCGCCCCCUCCCCCUCCUCCGCCACCGCCUGGUGGUGCCGUCGGAAUCCCUCCUCCCC